AUGACUCAGUCAAUAGUUGUUCAAGUUGGACAGUGUGGCAACCAAGUGGGCUGCAGAUUCUGGGACCUUGCUUUGAGGGAACACGCACAUGUCAAUAAAAAAGGGAUUUACGACGAGGCUUUGAGCAGCUUCUUUCGGAAUGUGGACCCCAGAAACGGCGGGGGAGGCCCUGACAUCACAGGGGGCAGGAUCACAUCUCUGAAGGCCAGGGCAGUCCUGGUUGACAUGGAGGAGGGCGUGGUCAAUGAAAUUCUGCAGGGGCCACUGCGUGAAGUGUUUGACAGCACACAGCUCAUCACAGACGUGUCAGGAUCUGGCAACAACUGGGCUGUAGGCUAUCAGACAUAUGGAUCAGCUUAUCGAGAACAGAUUGUGGACACGGUCCGGCGAGCUGCUGAACACUGUGACUGCCUGCAAUGCUUUUUCCUCAUUCAUUCAAUGGGCGGUGGGACUGGAUCAGGUUUAGGAACCCGGGUGCUGAAUCUGUUGGAGGAGGAGUAUCCAGAGGUCUGCAGGAUUGUCACCUCCAUAUACCCCUCCGCACAGGACGAUGUCAUCACUUCUCCUUACAACAGUGUGCUAGCCAUGAGGGAGCUCACUGAGCAUGCUGACUGUGUUUUGCCAGUGGAGAACCAGUCCUUGGUGGAUAUAGUAAAGAAGAUACAGCAUAUGGUUCACUCUGGCAAAAUGGGUUCAGUGAUCAAAAAAGACACCACCAUCACCUCUGGCCAGGGAUGUGUCAGCGGAACAGAAAAACCCUUUGAUGCAAUGAACAACAUUGUGGCCAAUCUUCUUCUAAAUAUAACCAGCUCUGCGCGGUUUGAAGGUUCCCUCAACAUGGAUUUGAAUGAGAUUGGCAUGAAUCUGGUUCCUUUUCCACGCCUUCACUACCUGGUGUCCAGCCUCACUCCACUCUACACCCUUGCAGACGUGAAUGUCCCCAGCAGAAGGCUGGAUCAGAUGUUUACAGAUGCUUUCAGUAAGGAGCAUCAGCUAAUCCAGGCUGACCCCAAACACAGUCUCUACCUGGCCUGUGCUCUCAUGGUACGGGGAAACGUCCAAGUGUCUGAUCUGCGCAGGAACAUUGAAAGGCUGAGGCCCACUCUACCCUUUGUCUCAUGGAACAAAGAGGGUUGGAAGACAGGUCUUUGUUCUGUUCCACCAGUGGGACACACACACUCCUUAUUGGCUCUGGCCAAUAACACCUGUGUGAAGCCCACCUUUGUGGAGUUGAAGGAACGUUUUGUCAGGCUCUACAGGAGAAAGGCUCACUUACAUCAUUACCUACAUGUGGAGGGAAUAGAGCAGGCCUGUUUCUCUGAUGCUCUUUCCUCCCUGACUUCUUUGAUUGAGGAGUAUGAGCAGCUGGAUGCUACCAAAGGUCGACUCAUUCCUGAUGCACCCAGGCUUAACAUUGCUUUAUGA